AUGCAGUUAACCUGUCAAAGUGAAUCAUCAUCACAGAAUGAGGUUGAUGUGCAUGAAAACAACCUAGACACUCAAGCUGAAGAUCGGGAACUGAAAGUCCAGCUUCUGCGCAAGUAUAGUGGAUAUCUAGGGAGCCUGAAGAAGGAAUUUUUGAAGAAGAAAAAGAAUGGAAAGUUGCCAAAGGAAGCACGACAGCAACUGCUUGAUUGGUGGAACCGGCAUUACAAGUGGCCCUACCCUUCGGAAUCCCAAAAGCAGGCACUGGCAGAAUCAACAGGCCUAGAUUUGAAACAGAUCAACAACUGGUUCAUCAAUCAGAGAAAACGUCAUUGGAAGCCUUCUGAAGAUAUGCAGUUUGCGGUGAUGGAUGCAACUAACUACUACAUGGAAAAUGUUAUGUGCAAGCCAUUUCCAAUGGAUGGCAUGCCCAUGCUUCUUUAA